CCCCUGGCAACUGGAGUGUUUAGCCUGGAUACUGCAGCCAGGCUACAUACAAGUUGGAUUACCAUUCCUAUGCAGGCUCCUGAUAGAAACCAGCUCUGGUGCCCUGGUCAGUCCCUGUGGAGCCUGAUCACUGAACAUGCUCCUGAUUCAGAGCUGCCAAAGAUCCACACAGCGCUGGGCCACGCCCUGAUUGACAUGUACACAGAGGUGCACACUGAGGCGGACAUGUGGCACAAGAUGUGGCAGGCAAGCCAUCAAGGAAACAGCGGGAGCAGAGCAGGAACCCCUCUCCCACGUCAGCAGGUGUCCCCUCUAGCUGACCCUCCUGCAGUCAAAGAGCUGGUGAGAGCUGAGGUCAAGAUGUUACUUCAGACUCUCAGAGAAAGAGCCAGCAGCGAGGGAAGAGAUGGUGAGGAGCUCUUGUCUCGGUACAAACCUGAGACAGUAGACUACGCCCUGAGUUACCUUGACAGCUGUAGCAACCCUGGAGACACUGAUAAUGGAAGCAGGCCGAGCUCUCACUGUUCUAAUGCUGAAGAUGAGAUUGAGGCAUUGAGAGACAAGCUAAAUGUCACUGACCUUGACCAGGUGGUGGACCGCCUCAGGUGUGUCAUGACGGAGGAAUGCGAAGCGUUGAAGAGGCUGGUGAAGCAUUUUAAGGAAAAUUUUAAACAAAAGUGUCGGAGUCAAUGUGAAUCUGAUAAAUCAGAGCCGACGCUUGCAGAGUUGAGAGAGCUGAGAGGAGCUGUACAAAUGGACUUAGAGCUCUACCCCUCCUCACUUGCUGCUCCGGCAUCAUCCUCCCCCCCUCGCCCUGUGAAAGAACUGAAAAACAGAAUCAGACUGUCGGCAAGCCAAGCAAUUUGUGGUGAGAAUCUGCAAGCUUUAAAUGCCACAUCAGCUCUAAGACCAAAUCCACCUCCUCCUCGGUGCCACAGUACACCCAAGCCACCACCCGGCGCUCCUCCUAACAAGACCUCUUCAUCAGUGAAACUCAUUAAUAGUUCUGCACUGUCUAAUACUCAUGGGCAGCACAGAAGCGCAUCCACUGGACCUAGGAAAACACAAACACCUUUCUGCAACAGGAUUGCCACUCCUGUGCAUGUGAACAGCCACUUCACCAUUUCACUCUCACAGUCUUGCAGUGACCCGAUGAUAGUUAAAACUGUACAUGACCACAGUCAUUCUCCAGAGCAAGAUGGUAGUGGUCUCCACCACAGGACCCUGACUUCUAGUCCUACUUUUGAAAUAAAAUCUCAGAGAAACUCUCCCAUUCAGGACACCCACCUGUCAUCCCAUCGCUGUAUUCACAGCCUGAGCAGAAAUUGUGAUUUGUCACCACAAACAGAAAGAAAACCUCCUCACUGUGGUGCAGGCAGUUACAAUAGUACUGAGCAUUCUGUGUCAACGACGGGGAAAUCAAAGACACAAAAUGGGCAACAGAAUAGCACCUGCGAAGGUAGUUUAGUAUCAACAACAGCACAGACAGAUAAUGACAGGCGGAAGAGUUCUUCUGAGAGUUUUUAUUCUCCGGUUGGCUUUAGGAAGAGCAACAAUGGAACCGACAGAACUGGUCAUCUUGAAAAGGAGCAGCAAAGCCAUCCAGCGUCAUUACGGACUCAAGGACAAUUAUUUACUUCCCCCAAAAGACCACUUGAGAGCACCACAAGUCAGCUGAAAGGUGUCCAAGAGACAAAGACAGAGCUGGAGUUUAUUAACAGGUUUUACCAACCAGUCCCUCCUGCAAGGGUGUCAACAUGAGGUCGGCCUCUGACCAGACAUAAGUUAGUCUGAUAGGUCUGUUGAAGUAAAAAUGUAAGGAAGGUUAACUAAAUUAUUGAACAUACUGUGUCCUCUGGAGAUGUCUUCCUUUUUACAUAGUGACAAAACAUCACAGAAUCACUAUUAUAUUUUGGAACAUGAUUAGUGCAUACAUUUUUUUUCCUCUGGAUUAAUUUCA